AUGUAUGGUAUAUAUUAUGUGGGUAUUGUUUUGGAAGUAUCUGUUGAUCGAAUUAAAGUAUUGAGAAGAACUAAAAUUUAUCAAUUUAGCUGUAAAAUACCAACAAAUAUUGUACCAGGCAGUUGGAUCAAUUUCGCUUUUAGUGAUGAUUCAAUGGUACCAAUCAUUGAGGCUUGUUCACCAAUUCUUCCAACCAGAAUUAUUAAGUUGAAUGGUACUAGUGAUUUAGCAAGUUGCCAAAUUUCGAUUCAAACAGUUGCAGCUAUUCCUUGUCGGUCGAAUAUAGAUAAUAAUUUCGAACAAUAUGUUUGGUCACCACAUUUUGAAUGGAUUCUAGAUGACGAUGGAAUAUUUAGCCAUGAAAAUGUUAUGCCAGAUAUUGUUUACGUAAUUUGGAUCGAAUUGUUGAACAAGCCAUUUAAUUUUAAUAGUAACGUAUUGAUGAAAGUAACUGAAAUUGUUCGACCAGCUCAUGAUCAACUUCCCAUUUACGAUGCCCCAUGGAUUGAAUCUGAAAUGCCAGCCGAUGCGGAAUUGCUAUCAGUUCAUUCUUUACAAAAUCGGCCCAAGGACAAAAUCAACCCAGCUGCUGUUUAUUCAGGAUUAGUAAUUUGGCGUGAUAUGACAUGUCAACAAAAACAAGUUGUCUUAUGGUCGAUAGCAACAGGAAUUGUUUAUUUUCGUCAUGAACAAUGCCAAAACAUCGCAGUGGGUGCUUGGAUUGAUUUUGCCGUCCGGAUCGGACGAGGUGAUGUUUUGGAAGCUCAUAAAUUGAAGUAUUCAAAGAGGCAGAUCGUAUCUACGAGGGAAGUAAAAGGUAAAGCUCAGAUAUGUCAAAAAAUGAAGCUACCAGAAAAUUUACCUGAAAAAGACUGGAUUUGGGUAAGUGAUAUUGUUGGAAAAGUUUGGAUAGAGUUGGAUCAGUUUAAAAGAUCAGCGGCAGAUCGAUGGGAUGAGUUAGCUGGAAGUGUCACGCAUGUCUGGCUUUCUUUCGAUCAGUUCUACUCUACAAUACGCUGGAAAUUUGAUUCUAUCGUGGAGUCUAACGAAUGCGCAGAAACAGAAGAUUCUGAAAAUAUCGAACGUUUCGCCGAUUUAGUUAAAUUGUGA